ACAGAUAAGCCGGGCUAUUUCCAUCCUUCCCUUCCUGUCACUCAAACAGCAGCCACUGUCCCCUCCUCCCCGGGCUUUGUCACCACAGCCUCCACCAGGACAGCACAGGCCACAGAGGGGGCCCCGACUGAAGCCCACAGAGCCCGCCUGCCUGAUGGCUGCCUGGGGCGUCCUUGUCCUGUGCUGGGCCCUGGCCGAGGCCACCCCCGACUGCCCUGUCCCCUGCACCUGCCGCAGCCUGCCAUCCAUGGGGCUGGUCGUGGACUGCCAGGCCCGGGGCCUGGGGACACUGCCCGCCCUGCCCGCCCGCACCCGCCGCCUGCUGCUGUCCAACAACAGCCUGAGGUCAGUGUCCCCAGGGGCCCUGGACCACCUGCCCCAGCUGCAGACCCUGGAGGUGGCUGGCAACCCCUGGCACUGCGACUGCCACCUCACCUACCUGCGCCUCUGGCUGGAGGACCGCCUGCCCGAGGCCCUGGAGGACCUGCGCUGCGCCAGCCCCGACCUGGCCACCGGCCGUCCCCUGGGCCACCUGACCGGCUUCCAACUGGGCAGCUGCGGUUGGCAGGUCCAGGACACCUGGGUCUACCCCGGGGUCUGGUGGGACGUGGCCCUGGGGGCUGUGGCCAUCCUGGGCCUGGUGCUCCUGGCUCGGCUGCUGUGCGUCUCCACGGAGCCCUGGCCCUAAAGUCCCCUGCAGACCGGGAGGCCGGGAGGCCGGGAGGCCGGGAGGCCGGGAGGCCUCAUCACCCCACAAUAAACUCGCUGCUGGGCUCUUU